GAGAGCCAGGUCCUGGCAUCAAGGCAAAGGCUCCAGCGCUGAACUCCUGCCUAGUCCUGCCCACUUGCCACCCGUGGCAGCACAGUUUGUCUCUUCUCCUGCCCACGCUCGCAUUCAGGGGGAGCUGGUGGUGGCUGAUGCUUGUGCAGGCUGCAUGGGUUCUGAAAUGUCCUUCUUGCCUGACUUUGGGAUCUUCACCAUGGGCAUGUGGUCUGUUGGUCUUGGAGCCAUUGGUGCAGCUGUGACAGGGAUCGUCCUUGCUAACACUGACUUAUUUUUGUCCAAGCCAGAAAAGGCUACGUUGGAGUUUUUAGAGGAGAUAGAGCUAAAAACUUUGGGAUCAGAACAAAGAACAUUCAAAGCAAGUGAACUAUGGAAGAAGAAUGGUGCAGUGAUCAUGGCUGUGCGAAGACCUGGAUGAUUUUUGUGCAGAGAGGAGGCUUCUGAGCUCUCCUCUCUGAAACCUCAGCUGUCCAAGCUGGGUGUCCCUCUCUAUGCUGUUGUGAAAGAGAAGAUAGGGACUGAAGUGGAGGAUUUUCAGCAUUAUUUCAAAGGAGAAAUCUUUCUGGAUGAAAAGAAGGGCUUCUAUGGACCACGUAGACGAAAAAUGAUGAUGUCAGGCUUCUUCCGCUUUGGAGUCUGGCAAAAUUUCUUCCGUGCCUGGAAAAGUGGAUAUAGUGGUAACCUGGAAGGAGAAGGAUUCACCCUGGGAGGAGUCUAUGUGAUUGGGGCAGGAACACAGGGUGUUUUGCUGGAGCAUCGUGAGAAAGAAUUUGGAGACAAAGUCAGCCUUCCAUCUGUCCUUGAAGCUGCUGAGAAGAUAAAACCACAAGCUUCAUAAGCGGAAAAAUAGUUGCGCAUAUUUCUGAUCACAGCUUGAAAUGUAGAAUGCAUCUGUUUCUUGAACAUGCAUUUUAAUUGCUUCUUAACUAUUUAGUGAUCAACACAGAAGAAAGAUUCUCUAUUCAAACAUAGAAAAUGAUGAAAAUCCUCCUGCAGGCUUUGCAGCCUUUCAGGUGGUCAGGAUUUCAACUGCUCUUUUGUGUCUGACUGUAUUAAUGAAAGGCUGGGUCUAAAAUCUGACCUAGCCUAGAUGUUUCCAGUCAGAGACAGUCAGCUGAAAACCUGUCUACUUAGGGGAGCAAAACUCUAAGGCUGGAGUAAUGGAGUACCAGCUGAGGUUGAAGGUUAAUAAAACUUUAUGUAAAUGAAA